AUGUCUGCUAAGUACAACCUAUCUGCGGGAUCCCUAGAGAUCAUAAUGCAAGGGGGCAAAUACCCCAAUCCCAUAAUGCAGAUUUUGGCGAGCAAGAGGAUCAACGCUGGCGCUGCCGACAAAGAACGAUACCGUGUGGUGCUCUCUGACAGCAAAAACACCAUAUCCUUUGCAAUGCUCACCACACAGGUUAGAGAUCAAGUGGGUCCUGAUGUGCUUGAAAUGUAUUCAGUGAUUCAAAUCGACAAGUAUAUCACCAGUGUCAUCGACAACAAAGCUAAAGGAGUAGGAGAUGCUCGAGUUCUAUUGAUUCUGGAACUGAAGCUGAUUGCUUCUGGAGCAGAAGUUGGAGAGAAAAUUGGUUCUCCAGUACAGUUAACUAAUGAUUCAUCAAGUUCAGCUCCCAAAACAAAUGUUAGCAAUACCAAUACCAAUGGUACCAGUACAAAUUCUAGUGUUGUGUAUAACAAGCCUGCAACUAGUAACAAUCCAACACCACCUAUGGAUACAAGUGAAAAUCUUUCCAAUCAGAUGACACAUCCCAUUUCAAGUCUAAGUCCUUAUCAUAACAAGUGGGUUAUUAAAGCUAGAGUCACAAACAAAUCUUCUAUUCGAACUUGGUCCAAUUCCAGAGGAGAAGGAAAAUUGUUCAGUCUUGAUUUGUGUGAUGAAAGUGGUGAAAUUAGGCUCACAGGUUUCAAAGACAUGGUUGACAAGUUUUAUGAUUAUGUUCAGGUUGAUAAAGUUUAUUUCAUUAGUAAAUGCCAACUGAAAUCUGCCAAUAAACAAUACAGCACACUCAAAAAUGACUAUGAAAUGACCAUGACUCCUGAAACUAUCAUACAAGAGUGUCAUGAUGUAGACAGUUCUGCCAUACCACAGACCAAAUAUGAUUUUGUUACCAUUGAUAAAAUUGCCAAUACAGAACCAAAUACCAUAGUAGAUAUUAUUGGUGUUGUGAAAAGUGUCAGUGACUUGCAAACAUUUCAAGCAAAAAGCACUGGUAGAGAGUUGAAAAAAAAAGAUGUUACUUUGGUUGAUCAGUCCAAAACGGCGGUGGCUUUGACCCUUUGGGGUUCAGAAGCAGAAAGCUUUGAUGGCACCAACAACCCAGUUUUGGUAAUCAAGGGAGCUCGUGUUACUGAGUUCGGCGGUGGCAAAUCUCUUUCCACGGUAUCCAGCUCAAACAUCAAAGUAAAUCCCGAGAUGAAGGAGUGCUACCGCAUCCGUGGUUGGUACGACGGCGAAGGGGCGAAUAUGGAUGCGACAAAUAUCAGCGCUCGGUCUGGCGCUGGCGGCUUCAACACCCCGUGGAUGAGCUUCAAGGAGGUGCAGGAUCAGAAUCUCGGUAACGCGGAUAAAGGUGAUUACUAUCAAGUCAUGGGAACAAUUUUACUCAUCAGGUCCGAAAAUGCUAUGUACAAGGCUUGUCCCACUCCUGAAUGCAACAAAAAAGUCAUUGACUUGGAAAACGGCAUGUACAGAUGUGAAAAAUGCAACAGAGAAUUUCCCAACUUUAAAUAUCGCUUGCUGGCAAGUAUGAAUGUUGGGGAUUGGAGUGGAAACCAAUGGAUGAGUAUGUUCAGUUCAGAAGUGGAAAAAGUCCUGGGUCAAACUUCUCAGGAAAUUGGGGAGCAAGUUGAACAGAACUCUGAGGCAAUGGCAAAUAUUGUGGAUAAAUGCCAUUUCAGACAGUUCAUACUGAAAUGCAGAGCCAAAAUGGAAACAUACAAUGAUGAGUCUCGUUUAAAGACUGUUUGUAUCAAAGUGGACCCUAUUAAUUAUGAGGAAUACAAUAACCAUCUCAUUGAAAGGAUUCAACAGCUGAUUGCUUAA